AUGGCUGACCAGAUAAAUUUAUUUGGCCCGAAAGCAGCACAUUUCGACCCAGCCGCGCUGACUGAUUCACAAGAUGGUAGAGCCUUCUCAGAAGACCACAACCCUGCAUCAAAAAAAGUGCUCUGGUGCAGACAACUCACCACAACAUACCUGCAAGAGGCAAUGGACUUGCUUUCCUCCAAGCUAAUUGUCACAUGGUCAUAUCACAUGGAACUCUUCAGGAAAUGUGGGGCCUACGAGUACUUCCAGGCUCUGCCUCACCGACUCUGA